AUGGCGGCCUCCCAGCUGGCAGCACUGGAAGGGACGGAGCCAGGGCCCGGGGGACGGCCCCCGACUGAGGCCAGCCCCGGCUUCCUGUACUCCGAGGGCCAGCGACUAGCGCUGGAGGCUCUGCUGGGCGAGGGAGCGGAGGCAUUCGAGGCCUGCGUGCGGCGCGAGCGCCUCCGGCCCUUCCUGGGCGGAGAGGAGCUCCGGGGCCUGGUGGCAGCAGCUGAGGACUGGACAGCCGCGAAGCCUGAGUCCGGCGGGGCAGGAGAGGGAGCCGACGCCGCCCACAGGGUCUCGGGCAGCCUGACCUACUGGCCGGGACAGUCAGAGGAGGCGGUGCCUGUGCUGCGCCUGGGCUGGCCGGAGGACUCAGCCUGGAAAGGGAUCACCCGGGCCCAGCUGUACACCCAGCCGCCUGGUGAGGGCCAGCCGUCCCUCAAGGAGCUGGUGCACCAGGAGAUUCGGGCCGCCCACAAGCUGGUGGCCGUGGUCAUGGAUGUCUUCACCGACCCAGACCUGCUUUUGGACCUGGUGGAGGCUGCCACGCGCCGCUGGGUGCCCGUCUACCUGCUCCUGGACCGUCAGCAGCUGCCUGCCUUUCUGACGCUGGCCCAGCAGCUGGGGGUCAACCCCUGGUCCACUGAGAACCUAGACAUCCGAGUCGUGCGGGGCUGCAGUUUCCAGAGCCGCUGGCGUCGGCAGGUGAGCGGCAAUGUGCGGGAAAAGUUCGUGCUGCUGGAUGGCGAGCGGGUCAUCUCAGGAUCCUACAGCUUCACGUGGAGUGACUCCCGCCUGCACCGUGGCCUGGUGACCCUGCUGACCGGUGAAAUCGCCGAUGCCUUCAGCCGAGAGUUCCGGACGCUGUAUGCAACCUCCUGGCCGCUCCCGCCUGCGCCCACCCUGGGUCACUUUGUUAGAUCCUUGGAGAGGCUGCAGCUGGCUCACAGCCCACACCGUGUGGCCCACCGCUGCUCCGUGGCCCCCCUGUCGCCGCCACCACCGCCCGAUGGCUCACUGACCCAACGCCUGUCCGCCUGCCAAGUCUUCGAGGGGGACAGGCAGGAGACCCCGGCCGCGCCAGGGCCGGCUCUGAGCGACAUCCUGAGGAGCGUGCAGCGCGCCCGGAUCCCCAGCGGCCCCCCAACCAGGCCCAGCCGCUCCCUCUGGGACCUGAGUCGCCUGUCCCAGCUAUCGGGCUCUAGUGAUGGAGAAAAUGAGCUCAAGAAGUCCUGGGGCUCCAAGGACACACCAGCCAAGGCCCUGAUGAGGCAACGGGGUGCUGGAGGGGCCCCUGGCGGGGAGGCAGAUGCCAGUCCGCUGGCCUGGUCCCAGCCCCGGGGCGGCCCCCUGCCCCUCACCCCCGGCCGCCGCCUCCGCUAUCUGUCCCCGACCCGGAGGAGAUUUGCUGAAGAUGCUGCCUCCAAACUGUUGGAACCCAGAGGCAUCCGGCAGCCAGACGGGGCCACCCAGCCAGGACUCAGGGGGCAGCCCUGA